CCAGGCGGGAGGCAAAGAGCAAAGUCCUAUCAGAGGAGGAGGGGAGGACUUACAUCUGCCAGUCUGGGCAGAGGCAAAAAUCCAGUGUUCCAUGAGACACACCAUCAGGAGCUGGUAUCAUGGAUGCCCUGGUUCCAUUCCUGCAGCUGCUAGUGCUGAUCCUGACUCUGCCUCUGCACCUGCUGGCUCUGCUGGGCUGCUGGCAGCCUAUAUGCAAAACCUACUUCCCCUACUUUAUGGCCAUGCUAACAGCUAGGUCCUACAAAAAGAUGGAAAGCAAGAAACGGGAACUAUUUAGCCAGAUAAAAGAUCUUAAGGGGACUUCUGGCAAUGUGGCCCUGCUGGAGCUGGGCUGCGGCACUGGUGCCAACUUCCAGUUCUACCCACCUGGCUGCAAGGUCACCUGUGUGGACCCAAACCCCAACUUUGAGAAGUUCCUGACAAAGAGCAUGGCUGAGAACAGGCACCUCCAAUACGAGCGCUUCAUUGUGGCUUAUGGAGAGAACAUGAAACAACUGGCUGACAGCUCCAUGGAUGUGGUGGUCUGUACCCUGGUGCUGUGUUCUGUGCAGAGCCCCAGAAAGGUCCUGCAGGAAGUCCAGAGAGUCCUGAGGCCGGGAGGCCUGCUGUUCUUCUGGGAACAUGUGGCUGAGCCUCAGGGAAGCCAGGCCUUCCUGUGGCAGCGAGUUUUAGAACCUACCUGGAAACACAUCGGAGAUGGCUGCCACCUCACCAGAGAGACCUGGAAAGACAUUGAGAGGGCACAGUUCUCCGAAGUCCAGCUGGAAUGGCAGCCCCCUCCCUUCAAGUGGUUACCUGUGGGGCCCCACAUCAUGGGAAAAGCUGUGAAAUAACUAACUCUCCCAUCUGCAACAAGAAGCCACCCCAGAACUUCUAACAGGUAAAGCAUGAGAGCGACUGUCAGUGCUGCUGCCUCUACCAGGGUGAUCAUUAAUCAGCUUCAGUCAUUCUCCACAGCGAGGCCUUCUUCCUGCUUUCUCCAGAGACAUAAAACCAUACUGUAAAGCCCUGGACUUUACCCACCUACCCCCUUCCAGGACCCCUAUUCCCUGUCUCUCUUUGUCCCUGUGGUAAAGAUCUCCCUGGCAUCCUCUGAGACUACACCAUGUGCCCCUUGGAACUAGUCCCAAGUCAAUGCAUGUAACUCCUGCCUCAGCCCCCCCCCCCACUAUCCACUCUGUCCCAAGCUUAGAAGGAACAAGGAGCAGAAAAACCCCAGGAUGAGAGAGCAGCACUCAAUAAAGCAGCCAGAGUUUUUAUUGUCAAA